UGUUAUAGAUUCCCAUUUGUUAAACUUAAAAAAGUCUUAAACUACUCCUUCACAUCACCAAAACCCUUUGAACAUGUCUCUUUUACACUUUCCCAUCUCCUACACAUAAUUUCAUAUAUAUGCAUUACACUACUGAUUCUGCCACAUCUACAUACCCUAGCUAUUGUAAUUAAGCAUGCCAAAGCCUUCAAACACUCUCCAAAGGCCUUCUUCUAACAUCGUUGUACAGCAGAAGAAGGAGAAGGACAUGGUGAUGUGCCUUGAUGAUCAUGAGAAGCUAGCAAGGGAAUUGUCCAAUCUCUCUAAUGAAGCUUACCAUGGUUGUGAUUCUGCUUCAGUACCCUUUGUGUGGGAAUCUCAACCAGGUACUCCAAAGGUUAGAUUCAAAGAAAAUUCUCUCCCUCCUCUCACACCACCACCUUCUUAUUUCCAAAAUGCUACCAAAACUACUAUUAAGGCCAAGAAUAAGAACUCACCAAAAGCCUCCUUUUUGCAAACUAUAUUCCCCAAGCGUGCUACUAGAAAAGGUGCUCCUCCUCCUCAAUCUAGAUCUUCAAAUUUUUUGUCCUACUCUUCUUCUCCCUCUUCUUCUUCGUCAUCAUCAUUGUCGUUGUCAUCGCCACGGCCAAAGUCAUACUCGGUGCCAUCUUCUCCGAUGAUUCAUUCGAGGAAGGGGGAAGAAGAUGAAGAUCUAUAUGAGGUGACUAGUUCGAGUUUGUGCUUUGGUAAUGCCAGGUCACGAGGGUGCUAUUCAUCCAUGUUCAAGAAGGUACUGCUUGGAGAUUUUCUGUGAUAUGUUGUACUACAAUUUUCUCUCUUUGGUUAUUGAUAAUAAUAAGCGUGGCUAGUUGGAUAGAUUGUAUGUGCCAAACUGAUACUUAAAGUAAUGAAGUGCAUCAUAUCUUUAACUUGCUUAUAUAUGUUGGUUCCUUCUCUUCCUAUUCUGAUUUGCAACUUUCCAGUUUAGACAUAUAUAUGUAUUAAUUAGUAUGUAUGUACUACAGUGCAACGUAUUAUGGCUUCAAAUAUUAGAUCAAAUGAGAUAUUUUUAUGUUAAUUAACA